CGUGGCUGUGACGUCUGUUGUCGUUCUUGCUGUUGUGUGGGGCGCGCGCGCGCGCGACUCGCCUUGAGGAGACACGGUGUGAUGACGCAGUAAAAAGGCGUCUGAGGCCCGGAGCUGGUCACGUGAUUAUUCCGCUGCAGUCAUGGAAGAUCCCUCCCCCGAGGAGCGGACGAGCUCCCCCGCCAACCUGCGGGAGCACAUGGCGUCCCACGAGGACGGCCUCGGACGGGGCAGCGUGAAAGACGAGGAGGAGGAAGAGGCCGGCGGGGAGAGCGGAGUCUCGGCGGGGAGAGACCCUGAGGUGACGGUGGAGAUCGGAGAGACGUAUCUGUGCCGACGAGCCGACAACACGUGGCAUUCCGCCGAAGUGAUCCAGUCGCGGCUGAACGAGCAGGAGGGCCGCGAGGAGUUCUACGUCCAUUACGUGGGCUUUAACAGGCGGCUGGACGAAUGGGUCGAUAAAAACCGCCUGGCGCUGACCAAGACCGUGAAAGACGCCGUCCAGAAGAACACGGAUCAGUACCUGAGCGAGCUCUCCGAGCAGCCGGAGCGCAAGAUCACCCGCAACCAGAAGCGGAAGCACGAUGAGAUCAACCACGUGCAGAAGACGUAUGCGGAGAUGGAUCCGACAACGGCCGCCCUGGAGAAGGAGCACGAGGCGAUCACGAAGGUGAAAUACGUGGACAAAAUCCACAUCGGGAAUUACGAGAUCGACGCCUGGUACUUCUCGCCGUUCCCCGAGGAUUAUGGGAAGCAGCCGAAGCUGUGGGUGUGCGAGUACUGCCUGAAGUACAUGAAGUAUGAGAAGAGCUACCGCUAUCACCUGGGGCUCUGCCAGUGGCGACAGCCUCCAGGGAAGGAAAUUUACCGGAAGAGCAACAUCUCCGUGUACGAAGUCGACGGGAAGGACCACAAGAUCUACUGCCAGAACCUCUGUCUCCUGGCCAAACUCUUCCUGGAUCACAAGACUCUGUACUUCGACGUGGAGCCCUUCGUCUUCUACAUCCUGACCGAGGUGGACCGCCAGGGCGCCCACAUCGUGGGGUAUUUCUCCAAGGAGAAGGAAUCUCCGGACGGAAACAACGUGGCGUGCAUCCUCACCCUCCCCCCGUACCAGCGGCGCGGCUACGGCAAGUUCCUCAUCGCUUUCAGUUACGAGCUCUCCAAGCUGGAAAGCACGGUGGGGUCACCGGAGAAGCCCCUCUCUGACCUGGGCAAGUUGAGUUACAGAAGCUACUGGUCCUGGGUCCUGCUGGAGAUAUUACGGGACUUCCGAGGGACGUUGUCCAUCAAGGACUUGAGUCAGAUGACAAGCAUCACGCAGAAUGACAUCAUCGGGACCCUGCAAUCCCUCAACAUGGUCAAGUACUGGAAAGGGCAGCAUGUCAUCUGUGUCACCCCCAAACUGGUGGAGGAACAUCUGAAGAGCGCGCAGUACAAGAAGCCACCAAUCACAGUGGAUUCUCACAAUCUGAAGUGGGCGCCCCCAAAACACAAACUGCUGAAAACGUCCAAGAAAUGACGCAGUCCGCUAGAUUUGCUUGGAGUUGCGCGUCGGGGAUCUGCUUCCUCCACAGACUUUCUGUAGCCGGAGACACCGUACGGCGGGCAGGCGGAAGAGUUUUUCCUCCUCUCUGUGACCGGAGCGAGUGCAGAGCGUCACGCGGCGGGGCUGAUAAACAGAUCCCUUUCCCUUACAUCUUCCUGUGACGGGAUGGGGGGGGUAGUAGGUGCAGUAAUCCGCCCCAGAGCCAUGUUGGCCGAGGAGAUGGUUUCGACACCAAGGUCAACAAACAUUUACUGCCGCUUUACAAGAUGUACAAAUGUUUUAUUUGAGUAAUAAAAUCUUUUUGAUAGGA